AAUACCACAGCAUAUUUGCCCCCCAUGUCAUUCCACUCGCACCAAGCACAUGUAUGCAUCAUCCGAAACCAUUUCAAUCCAAACCUCGGGAUACUUUGUUCCCCCGUUUCGAGAUGUGGUGUAUUCUCGCAUGGACGUGGAUGAAACCAUGUUGGUAAGCAACGUGGAGUUCCAAGGAAAGAAAUCGUUGAUUGUAUGGGAUUUCCGCGUGGAGCGAGUGAGAGAACGCCGGUUUGAGCUAUGUGUAGUGGGCGGAAAGGAUGUUUGGAUAUGUUUUGAAGUUAUGGAAGAUACAGCCUGUAGCGAGUCGAACUUGAUGGAAGAGAGGGUGGAUAUACGCGAGUCGGGUAUAUCUGGAAUGUGCGGUGAUGGUUCAUCUAUCGCUUUUAAACAAUCCGCUGCUGCUUGUGAUGAUGGCUUGGCUGGUUCUUCCCGUGAUGAGCGUAAACCCAAAUCAACUUUGAAGAGACAGCAUCCGUCAUGAAAAAUCAGGCUGGAACUCUGCAGCAUUUAUUUACACAGCAUAUACCCUUACCCUCGGUGAUGGCAAUUUGAUAAACUAUACAACCUUUCAAUGCAUUAAUUUGUUUGGCAUUAUCCAGCACUGUUUAUCUCGUUAAUGAGUAAAAAAAUAAACAUGACGAAUAUUCC